AUUAGUCUUUUUGUUUCUCUCACGCAACAAUUAUCUGACUUCGAACUCAAUUCAAAACACGUCUGGACAAGGAAGUAGUUGUUGAUUGCCAGAUCAAAACACAAUAUAGUCUCGAUUCUAGAUCCAGAUCAAAUCUGAAAACAUGAAUUACAUUCGGUGGCCACUGUGACUGUGAAGGCGGUUGUUUGUUUGUGGCAUUUAGUCGUAAUACCUCCCGGAGGCCCAAAUAGAAAAACGAAAACACGUGUUGAAAGCUUGUCGAAAGCUGAAGUUUACAACUUGGAAUAUUUUCAACUAUUUCUACGUAUUUAAACGUUAUUUCUUCUCAAUUUUAGUUGUAUAAGAGUCCAUGCAGUACGACGGCUCAGUGAGUUCCAUUAGGGCUGUUCAGAAGUGUCUUACUCCCAAAGAUAGUCUCUGGAUUUCCCAGAACGGCUCAACACUCAGUGGAUUGGUAAAGUCUUCGGAGAUGUCUCUCUCUACUGAAAGCCAGUUGGAGCUUGAAACUCACCAUUCAAGCACAAUAUUUUGUGACAUGAUGUCCCCUGAUGAAUGGAAGAGUUCACUUCCUUUGGUUUUUCAGCAAAAUGGGGCUUGUUCAAUAGCCAAUUCACCAACAUCUCCAUCAAAUUCAAUAGAAGACCUUGUUUUAGAACUUGAAAAUAGCAGUCAGGAUGUUGAUUUGGGAAGCCCGUUUGCAGGCUGCCCUGACAAUCUGCUGUUCAAAGUAUCCUCAACAGAUAAAUAUGAGGAAGACGAAUUAGUUUGCAAUAUGGAUACUGAUGCAAAUGAUAUGCUGUAUGAAAUGAUGGAGACUGAGAAAGAGAUUGAUCCCUGCACGAAAAUUCCACUAAUCGGUGCGGAACUUGAAGCAGAAGAAAUAGGAAAUCGACAAAAAUCUUCAGAUCCCCUUUCCACAUUUUUACAGUUAGUUGAUAAGAGCAAGUCAGGUCAAGUUCCUGCUCAAGUGACGCAUCUCACAGCUACACGAGAACCACAGUUUGGGGCAACCGAAAAUGCAUCGAUAUCUGAGAAAGAGAAAAAAGAAGCUUCCCUUCAACGUCUGACUAGCCGACUAGCGAACGUUAUCCAUUGUAACAGCCCGGAUAACGCCAACAUCCUGCAGAAAGCCACUUCCACCAUUUCGACAUUGCGUCAGCAGGCUUGCGAUUUGAUGUCGACUUACUCUCAACUAAAGUUUCAAAACGAUGAACUUAUUCAGAAACAGCAACAGUUACAUUCCGAACAAUUCUUAGGUGAAUCAAGUGAAACUCUGAGUGGUUGCCCUUUGAUCAUUGAGGUGCUUAUUCCAUCCCGUGGUGCAAAAAAAGCCUUCGAUUCAGCACCCCUUUACCAUCAUAUUCCUAUAGAAGACGGUCAAAUACCUAUCACUUCUGGAGACGAGUCUUUUUCCAUGGCGGAUGAUAUAUUAGAAGAACCUUAUGAGGAACAAUAUGAUGCCCAAACUCAUUUGCGUCUCGUGCCGUCGAAGGCAAACCCCUGCAAAAAUAAGAAACUUCCUUGUCAAUUGGGAUGUAUUUGUUCCAGUCUAGAGGCCGGUAAGCUUCCCAUCGAACAUUGCAAAAAUCCAAGUUGUAUGCUGGAAUCCAGGUGUACCCAACCACAUGAUCCUUCACAUACUUCCAAUAUCGUAUUCCCAAUCACAAAAGAGAGAAGGACUGCUGACAUCGAGGAAGGUAAACGGGAGUCGAACCUAAACCCGGAAUCUAUCUCAACGAGAAGGCGUUCUAGAACCACGAAAGUGUCAGAAUUGCGUUCCAGUGGAUCUUCGUCUAAAAAUAAAAUUCCACUCGUAAAAAUGGAGCGUCGCAGUCGUGAAAGACCUAAAAAGAAUGUGAUUUUUCUCAAUGAUCCCAAAAUUGAUCCUAAGGAUCCAAAAUUGUUAAACGAUUGUAAUGUUUGUCUGGUUAAGUUAGAUCCUAGAGCUCUACAUAGGAAACCAAACGGCUCCUUUGAUGCAAAACUCUACAUGAAAUGCUACGUCACCUUACAGAGGCUUCAAACGAAGCAGGAUCAGCCCCUUUUUUGCACGUACGAUAGAUAAAAUAAUUGCGUUUGUCAUCUCGGACCUAUCACCGACCAUUGAUGUUUUAAAACGAUCUCUCAUACUUAUUAUGGAGAUGUUUGGAAUUCAUCCCCUCCGAGAUUUCGUGUUUCAUGUUUGUUGGUUUUUCUUUUACAUAAAAAAAUUCUGCGAUUAUCCAUUCGUGAACGUCAAAAUGAAGACAAAAGGCAGCCUCGCAGGAAAGACGUUGCAUGCAGGUUAUGUUACGGUGGUAUCGAAAUUUUUAACGAGUUUUAUGAUUCCCUUCAGAAUGGUGAAUAUAUAGGUUGUCAUUUCAUUUCCUUUCGUGUUUUUUUAUAACCCAGUUGCCUUCAUCCCUGUAUUUAAGAUCUUUAGAGCCGUUCAUUAAUACAAAUUUUGCAAGGUCAAUAAAA